UUUAUAUUGUGUAGGUAGGAGAUCAGAAUUUGAAUUGGAAACGGAAAAAAGAAGGGAUUUUACCACAAUUACAUUUAAAAGUUCCUUAGGGCCAAAAUGAAGUCAAGCGAGAGCCGUCAUGAGGCGAUGACAGCACCCCAAACAACAAUUGUCGCACCUGCUUUACGGGAGAACACCACAGAGGCUGGGGCUCCAAGCGAUGGGAAAGAUAAUCACUUUUCAAAGAUCAAAGAGAAGUUCAUGAACGAGCUGAAUAAAAUUCCAUUGCCACCAUGGGCCUUAAUUGCAAUAGCCAUAGUUGCCGUUCUCUUGAUUCUUACCUGCUGCUUCUGUGUGUGUAAAAAAUGUUUAUUCAAAAAGAAGAACAAGAAGAAGGGCAAGGAAAAGGGUGGAAAGAACGCUAUCAACAUGAAAGAUGUUAAAGAUUUAGGCAAGAACAUGAAUGACCAGGCUUUGAAGGAUGAUGAUGAUGAUGAUGAUGAUGCUGAGACAGGUUUAACUGAUGGAGAAGACAAGGAGAAACCCAAAGAAGAAGAAAAGCUUGGGAAACUUCAGUAUUCUUUGGACUAUGAUUUCCAGAAUAACCAGCUGAUGGUUGGAAUAAUUCAAGCUGCUGAGCUGCCCGCUUUAGAUAUGGGGGGUACAUCUGAUCCUUAUGUGAAGUUGUUUCUUCUGCCAGAUAAAAAGAAGAAAUUUGAAACGAAGGUCCACAGAAAGACUCUCAAUCCUGUUUUCAAUGAACAGUUCACCUUUAAGGUGCCCUACGCUGAGCUGGGAGGCAAGACAUUGGUGAUGACUGUUUAUGACUUUGAUCGAUUCUCUAAACAUGACAUCAUUGGAGAUGUGAAGGUCCCUAUGAACACUGUAGAUUUUGGCCAUGUAACCGAAGAGUGGCGGGAUCUGCUCUGUGCUGAAAAAGAAGAGCAAGAGAAACUUGGGGACAUCUGCUUCUCUCUCCGCUACGUACCCACGGCUGGCAAGCUCACAGUUGUUAUUUUGGAAGCAAAGAACCUCAAAAAGAUGGAUGUUGGUGGUUUAUCUGAUCCCUAUGUGAAAAUCCAUCUCAUGCAGAAUGGCAAGAGACUGAAAAAAAAGAAGACAACUAUUAAGAAGAAUACUCUAAAUCCCUACUACAACGAGUCUUUCAGCUUUGAAGUACCAUUUGAGCAAAUUCAGAAAGUGCAGGUUGUUGUGACAGUUUUGGACUAUGACAAGAUUGGAAAAAACGAUGCUAUUGGAAAGGUGUUUGUAGGAUACAACUGCACUGGCGCGGAACUCCGGCAUUGGUCAGACAUGUUGGCCAACCCAAGACGACCCAUUGCACAGUGGCACACUUUAACCCCUGAGGAGGAAGUAGAUGCAAUGCUUGGAGUAAAGAAAUAAAAACAAAUUCUAUCUGCUGUUGCCCACAUAGUGCUCUUUAGCCAGUAUAUGUAAAUACCUCAGUGGUAUGGGUCCUUUCAUGUCUUUCCAUGCAUUCCUGUUUCAGGUCAUUUGUACCAAAUUCAUUUUAUUUGCACAAAUUUAAAUGUCCUUCUCCAAAAGAAACCCAGUUGUGCACCACAAAACUGCCCUCUUACUCUUCUUUUAAGCAAUAUGAUGUGUAGAUAGAGCAUGAAUCAAUUUGUUGUUAACACACUCUUGUAUAUAACAGUAUGCCUACAUUGAUUUCUAGUCUAUGUAUUUGUAUGUCGUAAACGUUUCUUAUUAUGUGUAUAAUUUAAUGUUUUUAAUAAGAUGUUCUAUUUUAAGACAAAAUGUAAAUUGACUAAUUAUAAAAGAGCUGAUAAUAUUACAGGUUAUCUAUUGUAUCGCCCGCAUUCCAGGAGAAAUUCCAACUUACAAGGCACUAGUAGAGUUGCACUGACAUCUUAAAGGACAUCUUAAAUCUGAGGUUGAACAGAUACAUUUGAAU